AUGAGUGAUGAAAAUUAUAGUUCCAAAGACAGUCUCAGCUGCAUGCUUAAGAUAAUGGUCAAACAGAAAUCUGGUCUAUGUGUGGCACAUAUUAACGCGCAAAGCCUUAACAACAAACUGGAUGAGUUCAGACAUAUUUUUUGCGAUUCAGGAGUGGACCUUAUUUGUGUCUCUGAAACUUGGUUUCAUUCCUCCAUAGAUGACGGUAUUCUCCAUGUUCCAGGAUACAAAUUGUUAAGGGCUGAUAGAAGGUCUCAUGCUGGCGGAGUGGCCAUAUACAUAAAAGUUGGGCUUAAUUUCAACCUUAAGCUCAGAUCCAACGACGAAUCCAAUAUGGAAUACCUUUUUAUUGAAAUUACUAUGGAAAACAAAGCUAAUAUCCUCUUGGGUUGUGUUUAUAGACCCAAUAACCACAUCGAUUUUGAGCCUGUUCGAAAUGCUAUAGAAACUUUAUCUUUAAACUAUAAUGAUACAAUCAUCGUUGGGGAUUUCAACAGCAAUCUGAUAAUCGACAACAACCUAUCUAACAUCAUGGAAACACUUGGACUAGUCCCAUUUAAUACCAGCAUACCCACGCAUUUCACCAGUACCAAUUCAAGCUUGCUAGAUUUAGUCUUUGUCAAUAACAUUUCCAAAGUACUUAUCUAUGACCAACUUUGUGCUCCCGGCUUUUCAAAGCAUGAUCUGCUAUUUUUUACGUAUGAUAUGCAUGUAAAUACCAAGCCUACGAAAUACACGUAUCGCGUUAUAAAAAACAUUGAUGAAAGUCUGGUAAGCUCUUGUCUCGACGAAGUCAAUUGGAAUGCCAUUUAUUCAUUUCACAAUGUGGAUGACCAACUUGCGUUCCUACAAAAUAACAUUUACAUGAUUUAUAACAGCUGUGUCCCUCUCAAAACCAAGGUGGUAAAUCAUAAACAACAGCCGUGGUUCAAUAAUACAAUUAAGUUUUUAAUUGAAAAAAGAGAUAUUGCGUAUCAAAGGUGGCAACACUUUAAAACAUUUGAACUUCACGAUAUGUUUAAAUCUGCCAGGCGGGCAGUUGUAAAAAGUAUUAAUGCCGCUAAAUAUGAAUACUAUAGCCAAAAAUUCAAAUCUGCGAUAGACAGCAAGUCAAAAUGGAAGACUAUUCGCGAAAUUGGUAUUGGCACUAAACAAUCUACUGCUGAAAAUAUUGACAUAAAUAAGUUAAAUGAGAAUUUUAUAAAAUUGAAUAGCAGCGUCAACAAUUCUAAUAUAUAUUCCUGUGUACAUACAGCCCCAAUUGAAAACGAUUUUUCAUUCCGAUGCGUAGACAAUAAUGAGGUCAUGGAAAGCAUUUUUGCAAUUAAAUCAAAUGCUAUUGGAACCGACGAAUUGUGUCCAAUUUUUAUAAAAUUUGUGCUGCCCAAGCUAUUAACAUACAUAACAUAUUUGCUAAAUAGUAUAAUUACACAAUCUACCUUUCCUAGACAAUGGAAACUGGCAAAAAUUAUACCAAUACCUAAGUCAAAUAAUGAUUUCCGACCUAUAGCAAUAUUACCUUUUUUGUCUAAAGUUUUGGAACGUUUACUAAAUUCUCAGAUUUCCUCGUUUCUUGAAAAGGAAAAACUGUUGACUGAAAACCAAUCUGGAUUUAGAAAGAAAAGAAGCUGCACCACAACUCUUAUCGAUGUCGUUGAAGAUCUUCGUAAAAGCCAGGACGAAAACAUGACAUCUUUUCUUGUUCUACUGGAUCACAGCAAGGCGUUUGACACAGUCAACCAUGAUAUAUUGUUGUCAAAACUAAGGAGAUUUUUUUACUUUACCGAUACCGCCUGCAAUUUAAUUUCAUCGUACUUAUCAAAUCGUUCUCAGUGUGUUGUUCUUAACGAUAGGAAAUCUAGAUCAUUAAAUGUAUUACGAGGUGUACCCCAAGGUUCCAUUCUGGGCCCUUUGUUAUUUACCCUGUACAUAAAUGAUCUUCCUCACGUUCCUGAGACCUGUAGCAUACAAAUGUAUGCAGAUGAUGUGCAACUAUAUGCAAGUACUAAAACCGUGGAUAUGAGUACCUGUAUUACGAAAAUUAACAACGAUCUAAAAUCUGUUUAUGAGUGGGCAAGUAAUAACUGUUUGGAUCUCAACCCAUCAAAAUCGAAACUCAUAGUUAUUGGUAAAAAUCAAUCUCUUCAAUACAACGUCGAAUUAAGAAUUUCAGACAAUGUAAUACAACGAGUAGAGUCUUCAUCCAAUUUGGGUUUAACGAUCAAUACAAAGCUGACUUGGACAAACCACAUUAAUCGCGCUUCUGGCAAAGUAUAUGUUUUAAUAUGCCUGGUGCUACUCAACAUUGCGGUGGCUGAUGCGCGAAGCCACAUACCUGCACGAAUUUUAGCCAAACAAACAGGUGCUACUCAAUUCGAAGAGGAACACUAUGAAACCCAUAGCGACUGCAAUGAACACAAACAUAGUCUGAGAAAACGGGCCUCCGAUGAGGAUGUCGAUUAUGAAGUCUAUCAGGGUGUUGUGGGACGUCCGGGCAUUGAUUUUCCCAUCUAUCCACGCAUACCAAAGACCACCUUCAGUUGCCGUUCGUAUGGAAAUGGCUAUUUUGCUGAUAUGGAAACAGAUUGUCAGGUCUUUCAUAUUUGUGAAGAUGGCCGCAAAAUAUCCUUCCUAUGUCCCAAUGGCACGAUUUUCCAGCAGAGCGAAUUGACUUGCGAUUGGUGGUUCAAGGUGAAUUGUUUGGGUUCUUCAGGUUUCUAUGCAGAGAGUACCGAACUGUUGGGAAAAGAACACGAUCGUCACCUCAAACCUGCGGUUCCUGUACAGGGAUUCAAUAUAGUAGGCGGAGGUUUAGAUAUUAAACCCCGAACACCUGCUAAGUCCUCAUCACGUUCAAGAGAUGGUGCGGGUGGCAAUGAUGAAAGACGUAUAGAUUCCUCGGAAGUGCCAUCUAUGGAGAGUGUAGAUUUCGAUGAUCUAUCCAGCGAGAAACGCAUCAAGAGUUCCUCUAAAGUUGACAUCACUGCUAUCGAUAGUAAUGACAAUGAUGAGACACAGAUAACUGCCGAAUCGGCAUCAUUCGUUAGUGAUCGCAAUCGCAAUGCAUAUCAGAGUGAAGGCAAGAGCCACACCAGCCAUAGUUCUGUACAACAGGAAAGUAAAACAAGCUCCACCAAAACUGGCGAGAGUUCUCGCAGAGGUUCGGGAGAUCGUGGUUCGCAAAGACAUGGCUAUGCUGGCUUAAACAGCGAAGUAACUGAGAAGACACGAUCCAAUCAACGUGGAAAUCAACGCUUUGAUGGCAAUAAGAACUCCGAAGAGAAGAGCUCCAGCUUCGAUCAUACCUCCAAACAACAACAACACAGCUCUGGUCAAGGUUCAACAGCAGAAAAAUCCUUUAGCAAGGACAAGGUAGCUGAAAGUGGUUACAAAUUGACGCAAUCUACACCUUCCUAUGCAUCGGGCACCUAUACCACUGCCAGACGCUUGGAAUCAACCAGAACCACACCCUUCUAUACACCCACUGUACCCACCAUAGCCAAGAGUGAAGGUAAGUCAGCACAUAGCAAAGAUAAUUCGGCUACCACACCCACACCAAAUCGCCCUAAUGCUAACAACCAUGGCCAAGCCAUCUUCCUAAAAGGAGAUUCCAAAUCCUCGGACUCUUUCAAGCCCACACCCAGUGGCAAUGAGGCUGAAACCACUGAAGCCAUAACUUUACGCUCCAUUGUCAUUGGUAUGCGCCAUAAUUACGAAGAUGGCAGAAGCCAAUCUUCGGAAGUUUUCAGUGGCAAAACUCACAGCAAUUUGGAGUUCACCUUGUCUAAAAACCAUAAAACCUUCGAGGAUGACAAUUCCUUUGAAUCCACCACCCAUUUCUCCACGGGACCCACCUAUUUGCCCAAAUCAUCGAUAGCCUCAGCCAAAUCUAACUUUGAUUCCAGUGGAGAUGCUUUGCUCUUCGCUCCCACAAAUGUGGCUGGAGAGGUGACGCGCAAUGUCAACGAUAUGAUCAAGACCAUGAAUGUGCUGAAACACAACUUUGAGGAUGUGGAGCUGAUAAAUGUCAAUGGCAAGGUGACCAAUGGCAAUGGUAAUACUCGUCUGGGCUUGGACAUACCACCUUCUUCAGGUCCUGAUGCUUUGGUUUCCUUGGCCAAAUAUUUUGCAACUGAGGAUGGCCAGAGUGCCAAUCGAAAUGUCAAUGCCUUGAGCAAUGCAGGUGGCAAGAAAACGGAAGGCAAAUCAACUGCAGGUUCCCUCAACCUGCACUCUAGCUCCAGUGGGGACUCGUCAACUACUCACUCCAUCACCACUCAACAUGCCUCAAUGAAGGCAAGCACCUCAACCUCAAUAUCGACUCAGACUUCAACACAUUCCUCAACUUUGGUCAAUGGUGAUUCUCACUCUAAGUCGGUGGCUCCCAAGCACAAACCCUCUGACACCACGGCGGUUCUAACCACUGAAACUUCCGCUUCGUUGGCCCACAACUCCGAUAACAUUUCCAGCAGCUUGUUAAGCAAUACCACGGUAAGAAAAUACAAUUCGCUGUUUGGUUUAGACAGCUCCGCAGAGGCCAAGAGCGAAACUCAGUUUAGAAACAGUGGUAGUGGAGGUUUGGCCAAUCCCAAUGCUCCUGCAACGCAAGACCAUGUUACCACAUUCCCACAAAUAGGACCCACUGAUGCCACCAUACGAGCUUUGGCCGAGAAACCCGAAUCACGCAAGAUAGCUCAGGUAUUCUCCAAUGCUCUCAACGACUAUCUCAAUGACCCUGUCAAGUUCAGAGAGGAUUUGCGCACUCAGGCCAGGCCAACGGAGCCUCCAUUUGAUACCAAAUUCAAGUUUGUCAGCGUCACCGAUCCCACUCUCUUUAACAAGGGAACAGCUGCCACCUACUUGCCCACAGUAACACCACCAACCAUGCGUCCCUACUCGACCACUGAAUCCAAUCUGGCCUCGGACAUCAACAGCCAUUUGAUAACCUCCACAGGAUAUCCCGAUGCUGAUAGUACCACCAAUGCUUUUGAUGCCACCACCUUUAAGUCUUCCUCGGGGCAAAAACAUCUGCUGGAAUUCUCUGCUGAAUUGGAGCCGCCCAGCUCCUCCGAUUCCGGAGAGGGAGAGGAACUUUUGCACAGAGAACACACCCAGUCAUUUGUGAAGGGCCACAACCGUAAUCAGGUGCAGUUCUCCAGUGAAAAAUCCGGUAAACUUACCACCUCUAAGCCCAGCAAGCCUUGGUCUUUGGGUCUAGAGGAUGAGGACAUUUUGGAUCCUUUGAAGAUCAAUAAUGGCCUGAUGAAAACCAAAACCAAUCAGCAAAAGAUUGCCAGCACUGGUUCUGUGGGCUAUCAAGCACACAGUUCCCGCGAACAUCUGGAGGGUCGCCAUAAUCAGAAUUACAGAGCCGAAAACGCUGAUCCCUGGGCUGAUAUCUUCGAGUCCUAUGAUUUAUCCAAGGAGACUUUACCCACUAGCACUGGUCUGCAACGCAUAGCCAAUAAGCUCUUCGGGGGCCUCAACGAAAACGAAGCUUUACAUUUGAAAAACGUUAUGGCCGAGGCGGAACACAAUCGACAAAUUCUGCGUUUGCUACUGCUGCUCAUACAAACCUGUGAUGACAACAAUGGCAAAGCCUUGGAAAGAUCCCGCAAGAGUUUACUCAAUGCACUCAUCUCCAUGGAUGGCAAACUAAAUGGCGGAGGCGAAGGUAAAACGUCUCACAUUAAACAACACUCGCUAACAACCACCGAAAAGUUCCCGGUUACCACCUACAGAAGAACCGGCAGUGGUGAGGAGAUAGCCACCUCUACCCUAAACUAUGCUACAACCACCACAGAUGUACCCACCACCACCAACUUGAACAGCGAAUCAGGUGCCAGUGGUGAAUCUUCACAAGGCACCACUACGAAAUUUGCUAUCAUUGUUGAUGAUCCGGAAAACGACUCCUCGGCGGCGACGACUACAACGACGACGUCGACCACAACGACCUCUAGCUCCGCCGCCAAUACAACAGCAAACCAGAAACAGGCAUCUUCAAGUGGCGGCGGCGGCGGCGGCAGCGGCAGCAUUGAUGGUAAUGCAGAUAAACGAGCUUUAGAGUUAUUAAAGUCACUGUACUCUCUAGCUUCCAAGUUCACGAGUAGACGGUAAAAGGCUUAGGCUAGGCUAAACAGAUAGCAGCAAAGCUUUUAAGUUAAAACGAUUCCUAACAAAUAUACACUACACUAUGUAUCCUGUCAAUGAAACAAAGAAGAAAUACGAAACAAAAGUAAACAAAAACAGUGUUGCCAGCUUAACUCAAUAAUGAUGUUAAAUGAUAAUAAAAGCUAAGCUAAGCUAAAGCUUUUUUUAUUGCAUUGUUUAGCACAAGCAAAAUAUUAGUCAAAAUUUUUUAUUAAACUUUCAUCACUUUUUCCAAUUGUUGAAGGAAAAAGUAACGAUUUUUCUUUGUAUUUUUAAUUUGCAAAAAUUUUUUAGUUUAUAAGAAAAAGAAAACAAAAUUGUAAAGCUUUUCCCUGAUUCCUAACCCCAACUGCAGAAAACCUUUAAGAACUUAGGUCAAGAUGGCAUCCGAAAGACAGAUGACUGUAGGUGUUUCUUAGGGAACUCCAACAGAUGAGAGAAGACUCAAAUUUUGUGUUAUGUUGAAAAUUAUGAAAGAAAAACAUUGAGAUAUUUGAAAGACUAUAUUCGGGAAACUUACAAAGCUCACUAAAGUCAACAUAGAUUGUUCCAAAGGUUUUGGAAAGAGUCUUACUUCGGAACACCACAAUUUAAAUUUGGCAAGUACCCAUAGAAAUUGAUUACAGAAUAUCUCGAAAACUGAGCCAAUAGAUAAAAAUCGACUACAAUUUUGCAAAACACUUCUUGGGGAAGCUUAUCGAUGUACACAAAUUCCGGUAUGGCUUUUUCCUUUAUAGAAAUGACUCAAAAUUCGGGCUUAUCAUGGAACACCAUUUCAUUGAUUGACUUUCAUGGCUGGUUUUUUAGUAGAGUACCCAAUUAUGACGAUAAGUUCCUAACCACAGUGGGUAAAUGUAGAGUGGGUUGCCCUAUACGAGAUAAGUUUAUAAAGGCAAUUUCCCAUUGAAGUCAGACAAUUUUUUACCAAUUUGAUAGCACAGGAAGUACAGAUGCAAUGAUGCAUUCUAGUUAUACAGUGAACCAACCGGAUAUCUUUAAAAGAAAAAGUCUUAUAACCUGUGAAGGCCACCGUAGCGCAGAGGUUAGCAUGU